AAAAGCAAACUGACAGCUCACCAAAAGCCCGUUCUUUUGCAUUUGCAAUGUUUACAAAAUUAAGAGCGUCCGUCGUGUAGCUCGUCGCUAUCCGACGUUCUCAGCAAGCCAUCAUCCCAAACAGUCCCGACAGCCCGACACAAAUCUACCAGAGAGCACUUCUCGCAUACAGAAAUGGCAUCGAUAGCAGCGUCGGCGCACGAGUCGAGCUCUGCGCUCGCUGACGCCUUACUCCCAGCGAGUAUUUUCGCACCCGACCGGGGAGGAUGCGUGGACGAUCCCGGGGAUGAGCUCUACGAGGACGGCGACAUGGUCAACGGCGAGCCCAAGGACCGAAGGAUUGACUUUACGAGCAAGCUGGCCCUUGUCAGUCCAAAUGGAGAGCAGUAUGAUUCUUUACUGAGCCAGCUAAGGGACAGGAUGGAGGAGGGGUCUGGGGAGACCAUCUAUGUGGUUGGGAUGGGUUCAGAUGGUGGCGACUGGGGUCUCAACGAAAAGGACAUGGAGGCUUCAGAGGCCACAGUGCGAUCCAUGUGUGCACAACUGGAUUCUGAUCUGAUCCCGCUCAGGGAACGCACUGAGGCGGAGGGUUUGGUACGGGACUAUUUGAUACGUCGACGUGUGGGGGAGCUGGACUUCCUGGAGGUCAGAGUGGCAGUGGUUGGGAACGUGGAUGCUGGUAAGAGCACUCUUCUAGGAGUGUUAACACAUGGAGAACUGGAUAACGGCAGAGGCUUCGCUCGCCAGAAACUCUUCAGACACAAGCACGAGAUGGAAAGCGGCAGGACCAGCAGCGUGGGCAAUGAUAUCCUCGGAUUUGACCAAGAAGGACAGGUCGUGAACAAACCGGAUAGCCACGGCGGAAGUCUGGAUUGGACCAAAAUCUGCGAGAAGUCCUCGAAAGUGAUCACCUUCAUCGAUCUGGCUGGCCACGAGAAAUACCUGAAGACCACCGUGUUUGGAAUGACCGGACACUUACCAGACUUUUGCAUGCUCAUGGUCGGCAGUAAUGCAGGGAUUGUGGGCAUGACCAAAGAGCACUUGGGGCUGGCGUUGGCCCUCAACGUGCCCGUGUUUGUGGUGGUGACAAAAAUUGACAUGUGUCCAGCCAACAUCCUUCAAGAGACAUUAAAGCUGCUUCAAAGGUUACUGAAGUCCCCCGGUUGCAGGAAAAUCCCCGUCCUGGUGCAGAACAAGGACGACGUCAUAGUCACGGCAUCCAACUUCAGCUCAGAGAGGAUGUGCCCCAUUUUUCAAAUCUCAAACGUGACUGGAGAGAACAUGGACCUGCUCAAGAUGUUUCUCAACCUGCUCUCAUCUCGCACAUGCUACAGAGACGACCAGCCGGCUGAGUUUCAGAUUGACGACACCUACUCUGUACCCGGAGUUGGAACAGUAGUGUCAGGAACUACUUUACGUGGACUGAUACGUCUGAACGACACCAUGCUACUUGGGCCAGACCCUUUGGGCAGCUUCAUUUCCAUCGCUGUCAAAUCAAUCCACCGCAAGAGAAUGCCGGUAAAGGAAGUUCGGGGAGGACAGACUGCCUCUUUUGCGCUCAAAAAGAUCAAGCGUUCCACCAUAAGGAAAGGCAUGGUGAUGGUGUCCCCGAGGUUGAACCCGCAGGCCACUUGGGAGUUUGAGGCAGAGAUUCUUGUGCUACAUCACCCGACUACGAUAUCACCCCGAUACCAGGCUAUGGUCCACUGUGGCAGCAUACGGCAGACCGCCACCAUCUUGUCCAUGAACAGAGACUGCUUACGGACCGGGGACAAGGCAUCCGUCCACUUCCGCUUCAUUAAGACCCCCGAGUACCUUCACUGUGACCAGAGGCUGGUUUUCAGGGAGGGACGCACUAAAGCUGUAGGGACCAUCACAAAGCUCCUGCAGUCCACCAAUAAUUUGCCGUCAAACUCCAAACCUCCACAGAUUAAAAUGCAGUCCACGAAAAAGGCACCGGCUCGAAAAGACGACGGCACCACGGCGACAGGAGACGAGGGGUUGACGAUAGCACAGUCAGCGGGCCCGAGCACGACACAACAGGGGGAGGGGGAGGAGGACCCUCAGUUAAAGGAGGGCAACAAAGACAACAAGCCAAAGACAGGAGGAGGUGGAAGAAGAAGAGGCGGUCAGCGACAUAAAGGGAAAGGCCAGAACAUCUCUGCAGCAGCAGCAGCCUCCACGUCAGGAACAGGAGGAUGCUGAACUCUUUGCUUGCCUCCCUCUCCAUAACUCCAUUCCAGCUACUUCAGUGCAAAACACUCCUCAGUCUUACUCCUCAUUGCCUUUUAUACCAGGGUUUUAUUGUAAAGGGAAUGUUCAGAGCUACACCCGCAAAAAGUGUGCAGCUUGGAUUUUGUUGUCAGAUCUGCCAUAACUGUUGAGAAUCGUUUUACACGAGGGAGUGGAGAUUAGCUUGUCACAAUCAUUUUUCAUCGUUUUUCAAAGUGGCUUCAUGAGAGGGAGGGAAGUAACCCCCCCCAUCAAGGGUCCAAACAAAUAAGUGCAGCUAAAAAAAAAAAAUGUGACACUCGCCCAUGCAUUCAUUCCCUGUGAAAUUGCAAUUAAAAGAACAUUUUGUGAACUAUUUAUACUUCAUAUGUAAAGGAGUUGUUGGCCGUACCCGGAUUCAAAGUUUAAGUAUACAACUGAAUGUAGCACAGAAGCACAUAUCCUGUCAAUCCUAAAUAUAUGGAAACUAAUAGAUGUUACAUUUUAUAACUGUCAAUUAUUUGGCACAUAUGCAAAAUUUUACCCUUGGAUAUUUGAUGUUCCUAAUUUUCCACCUUGUAUUACUUGCGCUCUUCUACCCACCAGUACUACUGCAUCAUGCCUCCACCCAACACAAACUAAAUCGCAAACUCGUUCUUGUCACCCCAGCAGUGGCUCAUGAUUGUAAGACAUGCAGUGUUUGCAGUGCUAAUUGUGGACUCUCGUACCUAUUGUGUUACAGCUUGCUACUGGUAAUGUGACAUUUACUCCACUAAGAACUCAAUAAACUGGUUUUACUGAGCUGCA